AUGGAUGAACCUCAGGUCUCGGCUCGCCAAGUAGCAACAUAUGCCAAUGGGGCAAUGCCUUUCAUUCAAGAGGUCAAUAGCGUACACACCGAGCUGAUUGCCACACACGAUCAGCUCUCACCCUGGAUUUUGUCACGUAUAGAUGCAAAGAACCGGCUAAGCGAGAAAGGAAAGUGGAUGACGAGGCGAACACUGGCCCGACGUCUGCGAGUGCAAGUGAUGGUUGAGGAUCUUUCUCCAGUACCGGAAUUUGCAAGAGCAAUUAUUGAGGCACUGGAAAAACCAAGUCUGUAUAAAAGGUUCCGAGCCGUUUACCUCGCAAUGAGUCGUUGGGGAGAUGUGGUACCAUUGGAAAUCGAGAUGGGAUCUUCUCUAACCUUGACGGAUACGGAAGUGAACUUCGACCAGCUCCCAAAGACGAACGUAUAUAAUAGUCUCACCCACUUGUCGACAAUCAAAACCGCACGUAUUAGUAGAUAUGGAGGUGCCACCAGCGCAGGAUGGGAGGACGGAAGGUGGAUUAUAAUGGACGCUCCUACCUCGGAAUGGCAGACAAUCAAAAUUGUCGCAGUCGCUCCAAUUUUUAGCCUUCUCGCUGACGACAUUCAAGUACAAAUCACAAACCUGUACAAUGAACGGUUAUCCUACGUUCCCCCUCUCACAAUCAACCCGAUACGUUGGCAAUGUCAAAUACACGAUGACACAAGUAAUGCUUCAAAGACGAUUUCAAGGAUAAUAACUCAUAGCUCGGAUAACAUUGAUCGGUUUGAAGUCGACUAUCUCGGCGAUGCAAUACCGCAACUUGACAAGGAUGAGGCCAACAAACAUACAUUCACACUUACCCAUGGAGAGCACAUCGUUGAAAUUUUGGCUAGUGGUGAUGACGAUGGGCUUCGUGGAGUGCAGUUUAUUACGAAUAAAGGACGAUGCUCCGCCAUAUAUGGAACACUUGAAGGUGUUCCAACUAUUGCAAGGAGUAAAGGUGGAAUUUUGGCAGGCCUAUCAGUGACUAGCAAGGUACAUCCUACACGGGGAUACUUGGCCACCUCAUUCCGGGGCAUCUGGCGCCAUGAUUUAAUACCACAUGCACCCAAAGAAAACGACGUGUUCUCGGAGUAUUUUGGUGCAAGGACUCACCAUGGAAGUGGGUUCAACGACCGCGCCCCAUUCAGCUAUACUAGCGAUUCAAGCGAUAGUAGCAUAACACUCUCGCCAGAAGCAAACAUUCUAGGCGAAUACGACAAGACAUUGAGAAACAAUCGGUGGCUUUACGGCUUUCGGGUGGACAACAUGGACGGACCUCAGGUUGUAGCACUCCAAGUAGCCUCUUACGUUAUUGGAUCAUCUCCCUAUAUUGAGGAGAAGAAUGACACAUUCGUUGAAGUAGUCAAUACUCAUACUAAACGGGGAUCUAACUAUGUUCAUCAUGGAUGGUCAAUUGGCGCAGUUGCAACACUAUCGCCCUGGAUUGCGUCCCGUAUAGAUGUAAAGAACCGCCAUAAUGCAGCAGGGGCCUGGGUCACGAGAAGAACAGUUGUUUCGCGGCUCCGUGUUCAAAUACAGGCUGAGGACCUCAUUGCGACUUCAGACUUUCAAACAGCAAUUGAAGAAGCGCUGAAGAGGCCAACCAGGUUCGAACAGUUCCAUGAGGUCUACCGUGCCCUUAGUCGUUGGGGAGACGUAGUACCACUGGUUAGAGGUAGAAUGGGAUACUCUCUGUCAUUAACGGACACAGAGGCAAACUUUUCUCGACUUCUACCUGGAACUUUGGACUACAGCCUUACCCAUUUGCCAACAAUUAAUACGGCCAAUGUGACAAGAAAGGGUGCUACGAGCUACGCGGGAUGGAACGAGGCGUCAGCUAUGAUAGAUGUACCACCCAUUGAGUGGCGACCAGUUAAAGUUGUCGAAGUCUUACCAACCCUCAAACUCCUUCCCAACGAGCUACAAGCGCAGCUUACCAACCUAUAUGCUGAAAGGUUAACUUACGUUCCUCCCCUCACUGUCGCCCCAAUUAGUUACUUGUGCAAGGUGAACGAUGAUACUGUCAACGCUUCAAAAACAAUUUGGAGGGUGGAGAUUCGUGGGACAGCCCAUAUCAUCGGACUUUCGACUCACUACUUCGAUGGUGUGAUAUCCCGAGGUGGCAAGGAUGGAGGUAACCACCAUAUGUUCACACUGACCGAAGGGGAACACAUUAUCGAAAUGUUGACCUGCGCUGACGGUGAAUGGCUUCGGGGAAUACAGUUUAUCACAAAUAUGGGGCGUUGCUCUGUCAUAUACGGCUCCCUCGAAGGGACUCCGGUCAUUUCAAGGAGCAAGGGUGGUAUUUUGGUUGGUUUGACGACAAGUACCAAGAAGCAUUCCGAGUGGGACUAUUUGGUUACCGGAGUCAAUGUUAGUACUACUUUUUACGAGCCCCAAACAUAUAUGGACGAUGCGACUAAACAGGGAAUAUGGCGCUGUGAUUUUCUACGAAGCGUGCCUAAAGAAAACGACGUGUACUCCGACUAUUUUGGCGCAAAAACUCACAACGGAACGGGCUUCAAUGAUCGUGCGUUGAUAGGAAACUCGAGUUCCAUGCACAUAUCGAGUGUGGAAAUAUGGUCAGGAGAUGAUGGCAUCGAUGGGAUUCAGUUUAUAUACAGAGAUACGCGAAAUAGUCAAAGUGAGAAGAUAAAAUCAGUACUUCAUGGGGGAUCCGGGAGUAGCCAUCAUCAAUUCGAGCUUAGAGAUGGAGAUUAUGUUUUGGAACUAACCGAGGUCGUACGAGUGAUAUAUACGGUGGAGGAAGCGGUCGGUCGUUCUCCACCCAGGCCCCCAUCGACAAAGCUGGGCGAUACCAUCGCUUGCAAUACAUACUUGGUAAAAGCCGGAGAGUAUGUUCUUGGCACCAGCUGGUUUUAUUCCAAGGAAGUGUUCCGUAUGCAUACGCACUCGAUGGCUGAUACCUCUCCCCUCGCAAAGCAGAUAUCUAUGGUCAGUGACUGGCUGGCCACAGUGGAAGUGAUACGAACCAACCUGAAGCUGCCUGAUCUUACUACCAAGUCUGGAUUACGCCAGGUUGCCCGUUCGCCUCAUAAAGUAUAUCCUCGUCUUGAAAAAGCGUAUACCGAUCACCUCAAGGACCCACUGGCGCUUGGUGCCCUUGCCCUCAUAUGGGGAAGGAUCUGGACUGAGUCUCGAGCCAGGCAGGCCUUGUAUGAUACUGGGUUCUUGAUUAAUAUCAUUCGCUUGAUCACUACAACGCCGGAUUGUCGAAUCCCUGCGCUCCAAUCAAUUGUUACAAUCGUCCAUCACGCGUCUCAGCCGGUCUUGACAGACAUCGCGCAUCGUACUACGCGUACUUUGCUACUCCUCCUUCGCUCAGAUGCCGAAUCCGUUAGGGUUCAUGAGCUUUGCAUCAUCAUUCUUACACACACCGCGGCCGCCUCCUUGGAUACCCUUCGAUCCGAUGGUAUCGAUUAUAAUACGCUCAUACAGGCUUUGAGUCGUGCAGUACACCGUCCCAACUCCACCCACACCAUGCAAACACAUUUUUUGGGAUUCCUACGAGCGACGUCCUCUCGUUUGCACUUCAACAUCUCUGCCGAUCCAUCGUCUGUCCACUUUAUUAUUGCUCACUUCCCUAGCACCAAUUUCGCAACUCGGGGAGACGCAUUGCUUGCUCUCAAUGAUCUUUAUGCCUCGGGUGCCGAACAGGAGCGCUCUUCCUGGGAUCCAAAUGCGUACUAUCGGGCUGCCUUAGCAGCCCAAACGGAACUCUCAGACGACAUUCUGGAACGCAUGGAAAUCCAUAUGGGUGGUCAGUUAAUGGCAUGCGACAUAUAUGUCAACACUCGCGCCACAGACGACUUCCAAGACGCGAUGGCCACGGUUUUGGAAGACAAGGAUAUGUACACCCUUGCUAAGAGACUAUAUCCCUUGAUCCUAUCGACCGAGUCCAGUAUCCCCCAGGGAGCAUUCCGUGACAAACAUGGCGAACUUAUUCCACUUGAGGAGCUAGGCUUGCCUUUUUCUUCGUUUAUAGAUGCGCUACCGCUUGCUGCAGAUGCCAUUCGUAUGAGGGGAAUACCCGGGGAACGACUGGCAGCCGACGUUAUCGAAGUCAAGCAUGCUCUAUUGACUCGCCAAAACGCUGUCGUGCGCCAAAUUUGCUCCGAGAGGAUUGAAUCCGAUUCUCAUGUCGCAUUCUUCUACUAUGCCAUGGUUCUGGCAGCCAGUUCCUCUGGAGGAGACCCAUCGGCCAAGCGUAUGCCCACCGCUGAAAGGCUUAAAUUGGCGAAACGAGGCCUUUUGUGCGAGGGCGCGUCGAACUAUAUUCGAUUGGGAUUGCACAAAGUUGCGUCGGAAUGUGCAUAUAAACUUGGCAUAGACCGACUGAAGACUGCAUCUGGCCCCCCAAUGGGUAGAGUGAAGCCAUCAAAUGAUAACACGGAGGAUUCAGAUGAAGAUGAAGAACUUUCGCCCCGUCGGACUAUGAAGUACUACACUGAGGCUGUCGUAUAUCUGACCAGCGCGCUCGAAGAUGCAAGGUCAUAUACGCGGAGUGCGCCAUUAGACUACAGGUUGCACAAGAGUGGACCCGUUCGGGAGCUCGAGUCAUUGAUUUCUCAACAGGAGAUCGUUGACCAACUCUAUACUACCUUAUAUUCGGAAAUACCCAGAACACACUCCCGUCUUGUAAUCAACUCCAUCAUACCCAACUGGGAGAGUGCCCAGCAGGAGUGGGAUACUCUACUCAGGAAGUUCGAUCGAAGGGCGCCCGUGGGUGAACCUGAACACACCCACAAUCAUCCUCAUGAUGUUGAAGAGGGGCUUCACGACGAACUCGAGCCUGAAAUGGACUUUGGCUUCAGCGGUCGACCUCCGACCUAUAUAUCCACUUUGGAUAUUCCGGCGCUCGUCCAUCCUUCGGGUGCAUUGAUUCCUGUUGUAGAUGUGGAUAAGUCCCGCCAAGAGGAGGAGCUGCGUCAAGCAUAUGUGGGGUUAGCAGCUUGGAUGGAGGGUGCUCCCAAUUCAGCUAUUUCGAACAACCUUUCCAAUUCUCUUAGUAUCCCCGGCAUGUCAUCUAUCGAGCCUUCUCCAAUCACGCCGAUUACACCCGUCGCCAUUUCCCCUCAGAUCCCUGUCGUAUCUCCUUGCCCGCUUGAUCGUAAGCCAUUCAUCGACGAGCAGAUUGUGCCAAUUGCCCAGUACAUGUGCUCUGCGUGCCACAAUCCAAGUGAUGGAUCCGAUCUCAAGACAUGCAGUGGGUGCAGGCGCACGAAGUACUGUGACGAAGUUUGUCAGAAGAAACAUUGGAUUAACGGUCAUGGGGACGAGUGUCUUCCCGAAACUAUAUAG